ACGAGUCCAUAGCAACCAGCUAGCUCAGGUCACAGACAGGUAGACCAGGGAUUGCACAGUUCUUAAACCUUUGCUCUUCUCUCAGCAGUUGGCUGGAAAAGGUCGGGGAAGAAAUUCCAGUGGCCUGGUGGACGUCAGGCAUGGCAUCUGUAUUCUACCGUGAGCCAGUUUCUGCAACCGUCGGGAAACGGAUGAUUGUCACAGGUCCAGAUUAUAUAAAGGAUCAUUUACCUAAAAUUCAUCAGCACACUUCCUAUAUUGGGGAAAAGCGUCCAGUGUUAGAGAGAACCGGAGAUCUCCAAUAUUUAUGGAGGCCUGCCUCAAACCUGAGCUUCCCAGCAAAAUAUAAGCAUGAAUAUGUUGGUGGAGUUGGAUGGGGAGUACAAGAGUAUAAUUUCAUCAACAAAUCAAGACUGGAGAGUGGCUUUCAUAUCAAGUAUAAAGAUUCAAGUAUAGCUGCUCUGGAUAAAAUAACUCACAGAUAUCAAAAUCCCUGGCAACCCGCACCUUCCAUCCUGGAUAAACAAGGGAAAUACAGCCGUGCUUUUCUUGCCUGGCACCUGAGUGACUAUGAGGACACAGAUCACAGAAAGUCCCAGUGGGCCGCCCUCGUGAGGCAGAAGUCUCCAGUCAGAGCCUCCAGAGCAGCGAAGCCACCGAAGGCUCCUCAGAAGGAAGAGGUCUCCCACCAGAACAACUGUGCCUUUCAAAACGCAGACGGCCCUUUCCGUGUACUAUUGUGGCAGAGACGAGCUCCGGCUGAACGGAGACACGGACAGACGCGCUCUGGAGCUCUAAGUAACUUUGGUGUGGGACCUCCCCGGGGAAGGCUGCGGAGAGCUCUGGAGGCUAAGGGUGAAACAGACUCGUACGGUUUCACACCGCACACAGUGGGCUGCUACGGACUGUGGCAUGGCGGGUUCAGGUGCUACGCUGGAGUUCGUUGCACCAGUGGGCCCACCGUGCUCCCAGGGAUCACCAAGGCGAGUCUGUCGAGUAAAGCUGAGCUCUUGGCGGAAGCAUCCGCCUGUGAGCAGAACCCCACGGUGGCACAGUAA